AUGUUCUAUUCUCGCUUGUUGAUGAAUGGUAAUUUUUAUUGUUUAUGUGAUGUUACAGUGCCACCCAGCAUAAAGACGUCACCCCCGACAGGACAACUGACAGCCAGGAAGGGGGGCUCUGUAACUUUGGAAUGCAAAGCAUCCGGAAAUCCAGUGCCUACAAUUAUGUGGACAAGAAAAGAUGACACUCUACCAAGUGGUGAAAAGUCGCUGGAGGGCUUCUCGAUCACAUUGGAGAAGGUGGACAGACACCAGGCGGGUGUCUAUCAGUGCACGGCCUCCAAUGGAGUCGGUGAACCCAUCACUGUCGACAUGCAGCUGCACGUUCUGUAUCCUCCCGAAGUCGACGUAGAGAGAAGCUGGGUGCAUACAGGAGAAGGCUACGAAGCUCAACUUGUGUGUAUCGUCCACGGAGAUCCUCAUCCCAAUACGGUGUGGUACCAGGACAGUUUUCCUAUGGAGCCGAACGAUAGAAGAACCAUGGAAACACGAGGGAAUAAACACACUCUCACCAUCAAGAAUGUUCAAAGUUCGGAUUUUGGGAACUACAGCUGCAUUGCUGAGAACUCUUUAGGGAGGGCGAAAAAAUACAUGGAAGUGUCUGGUAAGCCAAGUCCAGCUAGAUUCCGCAGUGAUCCUUAUAGUCGCUCACGAACAAGCUAUAAUAUAACUUGGCAGUUGGAAAGCUACGCUCCUCUUGAAGAAGUCAGAUUACUCUACAGGAAAAUGAAGAUGAACGACACACACCAGCAGCCCGGCAAGUGGCACGACGUGGUGCUGAAACCAGUGCAGGGUGAAGAGACGUUCACGCACCUCAUGUCGUACAAUAUCGACCAGCUGAGUGCACAGUCUGUCUACGAGACAAUUGUACAGGCCAAGAACAAAUACGGGUGGAAUGCCGUAUCCGAACUCUACCAAUUCUACACUAGUGAGGCUGAUGACGAAUUGCAUGACUAUCCAUCAGACCCUCACAUCAAAGACAUGGAGCUAGCAGCAGCGUCGGGCAGUCUCACGUAUAGGUUCAACUUUGAGAUCGCUGUUGGUUUUCUCUCGGUCUUGAUGACAAUUGCAGUAACAUCAUCGUAAGCUGCAGCUCCAAAUGGGAGCAGGAGACCGAGACUUUUGGGGAGAGAAACAUCAGGAUGUUGAGUGUGAGCUUCAAGAAAAGUGAUAUUAUGUUCAAUUAGAGCUUUCUCUAUUGUAAGUUCG